UGGUAGUUAAUAUUUAAUAUUUUUGUUUUGUUUUUUAUUUUGUAAAGAACCAUUCAGACAUUCGCUCUCACCACGAGGUCACCCUUGCCGGCUACAUGAUUGCUGUUAGGCUCCCCCUGUGUUUUUUACAGUCUCUGGUUAAAACACUUUGGCCCCUUUGCUGGUUUUGUUUAUGUUUUGAUUCGCUGCAUUGGGACAUUUUCUUCAACUGAAAAUAAUUGUGUGAGUUCAUAAUAGUGUGUGGCAGCUAAACAUCGGUUUUACGUGUACUUUGAGGUUGUAAAAGGUUUGUUUUUGUUGAUGAAUUUUGUAAGAUUGAGGUAAAUGAGACCUGUAUUUUGAGCUAAGAUGGUUUGUGAAAUAAGGAAAAAGCUCACGUUCCGUAAAUACUGUAUGUCACACUCUUCAAGAGUGUUUUAUAUAAUUAAUUUGUCAGUAUACAUGUAGAUGUGACAUGUAAACACUUUGGAGUUCGUACUAAAGAAUAGGUUACAUGUUUAUGUCAGAGAAACACAUCUAGAUAUCCUGUAAUUUGUGGCCACAGGUUGAAAAGUAAGCAGCUGUUAGACCGUCUGCUCUGCUGUUACAAAGUAAAGCGCACAUGUAAAUAAAGCUUGAAUUAUUUGAUAAUACUACAGUUCAAAUGUCAUUCAACAGUAAAUUAAUUUUUUUUUUAAAUCAAAUCAAAUGAAUUUUGACCAAUAAAACGUGUUUAACCGCCACCUGUGUGUGCUACUAAAUUUUUCUUUGUGCUACUGAAAAUUUUAGGUUACUAGCACCAGUGCUACCACCUAAAAAAAGUAAGCGUACAGCCCUGCUGUUCUGAAAAAAAAUGCUAGGUCUAUCACUCGUUCUUUUGGCACAAGUGAAAAAACCAGAAAAGCUCUAGAACCAACACGUUUCCUUUUUCUUCCAUGCAGCGAAAGCAGGGGAAAAUGUCAAGGGAAUUUUAAUUUAGAGUGACAGUUUUUAACCCAAUCAGAUGACAGAAAGUUAAAGCAAUUCUCCUGCUUAGCCUAUGCAUAGAAGGCAUUCGGUUCCGAGGCGGAGCUUCUCCUGUUUGUCCAAGUACGAAAAAGCAUUGUAUAGCCUACUAUACUAUACAUUGGGACUCUGUAGGGGCAGGCAAACAACAUUGAAACUGAAGUGAUGCGCUGAGGCUAAGGUUGAUUCACCUUCGCUGGAUUGCCAAGGAAUUCCAUUUUUAUCACUUGUUCGGAAGGACAAAAAUCAUUGGAUGCCUUGAGUAAGAAGACGGACCGCACAGAGAAAAGGUUGAGGUGAUGGGCAAGGGCCAGAAACGCAAGCUCCCGGAGGCUCCUGAAGGGGGCAGCGCAGAGCGGGGCAGCGUGGUGUACGAGCUCCAGCGGCAAUCCGUGCUGGACCUCUCACUGGACAAGUUCCAGCGCUGUCAGACACUGGCUGAGCCCAGACUUCUGCACUCGGUGCUGAUCACCAACACCCUGCGGCACAUCCAGGAGGAGAUCCGGCAGGAGGCCCCGCCUCCCGCGCCACCGAGAGGAACCCCGGAGCCCCACCCCCAAGGAGAGGCCCCUCCCACCCGGCCGCCCGCCUCGAGCCGGCCCGUGGGCUUGGAGGACGCCGGCGAGGACUGGAUGGCCCUGUCCUCUGAGGAGGACUUCUCCCUGUCUUCAGCCGUCUGCUCCAUCCUCAAGGACCUGGACACGGUCAUCGAUGGCGGCCUGGCGGUGCCGCGGCCGCCCCUGGGGUCCAUCGAAAACCUCCCCGGGGAGGCGGGGACCAGGCGGGAGGGCGGGGCCGGGCCACGGAGGGCGGAGCGGUGCAGCGAGGGCUGCCGAGCACCGGAGGGCGCCGUCUUCGGAAGCCUCGAGGUCAUGCGGUCCAGCUACCUCCGCGACGUGGCCCUGGACGACCUCUUUCUGGACAUCGACACGUCGGCGUAUGAGCGGGACGCCGCCCCCCUGGGGGCCAGGACCCUUUCCGGCACCGCCGGCGACGAGCUGCUGAAGUUCCUGCCGGCGCUCGCGUCUUCCGCCGCCUCGCCCUUCCCCCACAGUCCCAGCGCGCGCGACCUCAGCGACCUCGAGCACAUCAUGGAGAUACUGGUGGGGUCCUGAGACUGCCAAGCCGGUGUUCCCUUUCAAAAAUUAACUGAAAACCAGACGAGACUGAAGAGGGCACAAAUGCAAUGAGACAGUCAUGUGAAAGUAAAAUAUGAUAUAUGCAGGUAUUUAGAAGCAAAGUGAAUAAUGAAAAAUACUCAGUUACAGUUCUUGUCGUACUGGUAAAGUCUACAUAAUUUUUAUAUAUGAGAGAUACAGUUUAGGGAUAGCAAUCUUGUGCCUUUUAAGAUAUGUAGUCUAUUUUGUAUUUUAGCAGUUGUUUCCUUAUUGUUUGCUAAAGAGGCUUUAUUUAAGGUGGAUCGUGGAUGCUUCAGUGCGAAUGCACUGAACUUUCUGAUUUGAGCAUAGAAUAGAGACUGAAUAUUCAAAGUGUCACAGUUACCAGGCGGUUAAAUUUGUGGAUGUGGUUGUGUCAGGGUCACUUGAGAGAUUCCUUAACUCCGUCCUUCAGGCAGCUGUGCUGUUGGCCAUGUGAAGGAGGACAAACGCUGAAAUACCGGGUCUGUCUUCAGACGCUGAAAUACUGGGUCUGUCUUCAGACGCUGAAAUACUGGGUCUGUCUUCUGUGAAGAUUUCCCUUUCAUCGAGUUCGGCUCAGAAUUUGACCCGUGACAUUUCUGGUGACCUAACAAAAAAUUGAAUAUACUGAAAUUAUAUACGGAAAUGGAAAACAAAUAUUAUGGCGAUAUUGGAACACUUCACAAUAUAUGGGCAAAAAUACAAAUUAUUGCCACUUUAAGAAACUGCUGUAUAUACGUAGAUGAAUACAGCUGUGAAUUAUAUUUUGUUUUAUAUAUAUAUAUAUAUAGUUAUAUUUUUACGAAUGAAGUGCACAUAUUUAUGUAUAUUCUUUUCACGCGAGGAAGCUGGCCUUGCUUUAAAAUGCCACCUGCUUAUGCGGGUGCAAGUCGGGCAUUGAUCAUUAGAGGGCUGAUCUCCCUCUGUUUACAAGAGCCCGACCCUUCCUUCCAACCGCCGUCUGCAAAACAAAUUCCAGUUGGUUUUCCUGGCACCUCAAAUCUGACAUCCCCCUCACAACAACCACUCUGAUGCUGAGACGCGUAAUAUUACAAGUGCAGUAUUUUGCUCUGCCGCGUGAUAGUCUCCGAUACUCGCACUACCUCAUUUUCACCCCUUCCGUGCCCUCUUGCCCCUGGCGUCAGCCCCUCGUGGCUGAUUGGAGCUGGCCUCUCGCUGAUUGUCGUUGUGCAGCCGGUGAGCCCUCCUUCAGAAGCGGGCGUGUCCAGCCGGUUUCGGCGGGUGUGCCCCUGCUCUCUGCAGGGCACGGCUUGCUUUGUGUCAGGCCGGGGAUGCAGAUUGAUACUCGUCAGGGUAAACGUUCAGCACAUUCACUCUUUUACGGAGGUUCCGCAGGUUUUGUCUGUCAGAGGGAUGCUGCCGUUUGUAGCGGUCUUGUACGUGUAUUCCUAGAACCAGGAAGUCCAAAUUUUGUAUCCGAUGCCAGUUUUACAGGGCGUUCUUUGAUGAAAAAUAUCCGUAUUAGUUUCAUUGUGUUCCCUUUAAUGGAGAGCCAGGUGAAGCCGUAUUCCUGAAGUGUGUGUGUGUCCUAUUUUUCUAAAUGUACAGCUCUGAUACUCUCUGCCAUGUUGGGCCAUUUGAAAGGGACAGGCACACUUGUCUUAUAAAAGCAGUUGUUCAGAAAGGACUGCAGUUCUGUGAUAUAAUUUGGAUCAACCUGUAUUGCAAGGUGGGAAUUAAAUGAGCCUAUUAGGGCUUAUUGCUAGUUGCCUAACUGUACCGGCAAUUGGUUUUCCAGUGAACAUUUCUAAGUAGAUGAGAUGUGUUUGCUACAUGUCAGUUCCUGUCUGAAAAUUUAUUAUAGACGGUGUUUUUAUUUUGUUCAUGUUGUCUAACCCUGGUUUUUGCUCAUACUGUAAAACCAAAUUAAGAACUUUAAAAACCUGGUUUAUGCAUAAAAACAGAUGCUUUGGACUUUUAAAAAAAUGUGGUGUGUAUUAGCAUUAACAUUGAGGUUUGGCCUCAGUUUCAUGCCGUUUUUAAAUUGCACUUAGUACUGUAUUUAACGGACAUUUCUUCCGUGGCUUUGCAAAUUUCUCAUGUUGAACUACAACAACUUUCUAUUUCUCAACCAUGUCAAUGGCUGAUUAGUAGCCGACUCAGCUACUGUUAAUGAGGGGAAAAUGUUAUUGAGUUAAUACGAUUUUGGUUUAAUAUUAAUUUGUGCUAUUUAUAAGCAACACUGUGCCAUUGUAGAGAAAAAAUGGUUUACGUGUACUGUUAUUUGUUCCUCAUUACAGAUUGUAAUAUAAAGCAGAUCUGAGUAUUUUUAAAAGGUAGUUAUUUUGAAAAUGGUGCUUUUAUUUGAAACCUCUGCAACAGUGCUUUACAUAAUGCUAAGCAUGAGUCAUUUCUACAUGUUUAGAUCAAGCCAAGCAAAGCAUUGUGGAAAAUGAAUUUGUAAUUAUUUAUUACACAAUGACUGAUAAUGUUUGAAAUUUAAAUUAUUUUGUGUGACUGAACACCCCUUUAUGGAUGAAGUGCUCAGAAGAGUAGAUGGCAGGAGUCGCACCUUCAUGGGAGAAUGGGGAAAAGCCUGGAGUUACUGUGAAGUACGCUGUCUAUGCAAACACUACAAAGUGUUAAACUGUUCCUGUUUUAAUAACUUUCGUAAUUAAAAUAUAUUACAUUGAAAAA